AUGAAGCCUCUCCAUCUCCUUGUCGCCAUCACCUCUCUUUCAACGACCGCGGUCGCAGGCCCGAUCGCGUACGGCGUCUGUCAGGCAGGAUGCGCCUCUGUCGCGAUGGCUUGCUAUGCUGCUGGCGGCGCGACCUGGGGAGCUACCGCUGGAGCGACGGCCCCAGCUACGAUUGCAGCUUGCAACAGCGCAUUCGGAGUCUGUUCUGCUGCAUGUGCUCAAACGGCUCUGAUCGCUCCCACGCCAUGA